AUGCCUGAACUCUGCUCAAACCGGCCAGAAGGCAUUAACAUAGUCUCGGAUAUUUCGAGUCCCCUGCCGACGCAAUGCUUCUUCGACACCAUCCUGAUGCCACUCCCGACAUGGUUGCUCAUAACGGCACUGGUGCUUCUGGCCAUCAUCUUCCCCGCAACCAAACAGAUCGGCCGCCGGAGAGUCGGCAACCCAAGGCAGUGGUUGCGGCGCGCAACAGCAGGCGCCUACUACUUCUUCGCCAUCGCGGCCGUGGGCAUGCAGCUGCUCGAGAUGGGCCGGCUGGCGGCCGCCGAUCUUGGCGUCGCCCUGCUGCCCUUUGCCACGGUGGGCACGCUCCUGGUCGUCGUGGGCCGCGUCCUGAGCGACCGGAUGCUACCUCUGCAGCGAAGCGCCUUCACGGCUACUUCGGUGCUGUUCUGGAGCCUGGGGACGUGCAUGGCAGGCGUUAAGAUGGUGGCGCUGAUGCGGUUCAUGGGAGAUUCCGAGGACGGUCGGGUCAAUCCCCUGGCUCGGCAGUCGUCGGCCUACCCGGUCGAUGACCAGAUCAGCGACAAUGCAGUUCUCGGUAUCCUCUACGCCUUGCUGACGGUGCUGGAGCCCGCCAUGUACUUUGUGCUGCUCCCCGUCGUUGGGAGGGGUGGUCAGGCCGGGAAAGAACACUCGUUUGUCAGGACACCUAGCACACCGUCUUCCGCAUGUUCGUCUGCACAGCCUCGGCCUAGCAUCAACAUCACCUGCUUGCUCCCACAAUCUCAUGGCAGCCAAGAGCAGCAGAAGCCAUCAAAGCGGUCAUGUUUGAAGCCAGUAUGCUAUGACAGAGGCUUGGUCCAGUCGAAUGAUGCUCGAAAAGCUGUCGAAGCCUUCAGCAUAGCUCCACUCACUGAGUCUUCGACAGCUAUUUGCCAUGGCGCGAUGCUACAAAACCUCACAUACCCGUCCAAGCCCACACCCUUUGACAUUACGCAUAACCUUCAAGUCCAUGACAAACGUGAUUUGCAGUCAUCGAGUCCCAUUGUCAACCCAGACGUAGCGUCUGGCACCAUGAAAGGCGAGUUAAUACACAGUUACGGUGAUGAAGUCACGGACAGGGCUACCCAGGGUCACCAUAGUCACAGCGCUGCCGUUCCUCAAUCGUCGGCUUCAUCACGUCAUGUUGGCAAGCCGAGCGGCCCUGAUCGAACUUCUCUAGAAGCAGCAGUCAAAAUAGUAGGUAGUAACGAGGCUCUGCCACCUGUGUGUGUGGAAAACGUCGAUAUGGAGAACGAAACCUACCAUGAAAAGACAGCCGCAGUAGGUGUAAAGAGGGAUGGGCUCGAUGUCUCUCAUGGGGCCCCCCAAGACAACAGUGUACUGCCCUCCGACUUUGACCUGGACUCGGACAUGGAGGAUGAUAUGAGCAAGCUCGUAGACGGAGAUUCGGACACGAAACCGCACCAGACACCUCCUCUCAGCGUGCUUGAAGGCAUGGACAAACAGUCGCGCGAUGCUGACGAGUAUGACCCAAGGCUUCGGAGAUCACCACAGGCCAGCCGAGAUGGAGGCCCGAAUAGCAAGCACGGUCGAGGCGACUCCAGCGGACAGGAUUGUGACAUGCUAGAUUACGAAGUUGACUGGGAUGAAGUCAUGGCGUCGAUGAAGUCGGAUGCAUGCAAGAUUCUCGAGCAUGGCCUUCCCCAGCCUGUCCUGCAGUAUCCAUCUAUACACGAACCUAUCGUUACUUCCACCGGCCUGGCCAGGACGAAUAACAAUAGGGCUAUCACAAUUUCUCAGCCUUCAACUUGCAUUAGAGACUCGACAAUUCUUAGCGAAUCGGAGAGCUUCUAA